AUGCUUGUCGUUUCAGUGUCUGAUUUCAAUGAAGAGCUAAGGAUUGUGCUGCUGGGCUCUGAGGCAGCUGUUAAAGCCUCCUGUGGAAACACCAUAUUUGGUCGACAGGUGUUUUCAGAGUCGCCGCCUUCACCGCAUUUAUUCGAGAGGCAUGAUGGGAUGGUUUUAAAUAGACGUUUGGUGAUCAUCAACACUCCUGAUCUGUUCAGUCCUGCUGUCUCUCCUGAAGAACACGACUUAAGAAGGUUCUUUCAUCUGUCCUGCCCUGAACCUCAUGCCCUCUUACUGGUCCUAAAAUCUGGCACAGUUACACAGCAGGACAGAGCUGCUCUUCAAGUAAUUACCACUGUUUUCGGCACAGGAGCAUUUGAUUAUGUGAUUGUGGUCUUCAUGCUUGAGGAGCAGAUGGAGUAUGUGAGCAUUACAGACACUGACAGCAGAUCAGUGAAGUCUUUACUGCAGAUCUCCAAAUGUCCACAGCAUCAUCUCCAGAGGAAUGGAGACCAGUCUCAUGUGCAGAUCCUUUUGAAGAUCAUCGAGAAGAUGGUGGGGAAAAACAAAAGCCAUCAGCUCAAGAUUAGUCAGGAGCCAAGGCCUGGUCUGACAGAAACAGAGACAAUAGGGACAAAGAAGGAGUGUGUGAGGAUCGUCCUGAUUGGAAAAACUGGAGUAGGAAAGAGUGCAACUGGAAACACAAUCCUAGGAUGCAGAUCAUUCGAGUCUCGGGCCAGCAUGACCUGUAUAACCAAGGUGUGUCAGAGAGAGAGUGGAAUUGCCUGUGGUCGAGCUGUGACAGUGGUGGACACACCAGGACUCUUUGACACCAGCCUCAGUAAUGAAGUGAUCCAGCAGGAGAUCAUGAGGUGUAUUGAGCUCUCGGCUCCAGGACCACAUGUGUUUCUGCUGCUCAUCUCUAUCGGCCCGUUCACACGAGAGGAGAGAGAAACCCUUGAACUCAUUAAGAUUACCUUUGGACAGAACGCCCAGAGCUACACCAUGGUGCUCUUCACCAAAGGAGACAAUCUGGAUGACACUAUUGAAGACUACAUUAAAGAUGGAGAUUCACAUGUCAAACAGCUGAUCCACGACUGUGGAGGAAGAUUUCACGUGUUCAACAAUAAACAGAAGGACCCUGCUCAGGUCGUAGGUCUGCUGAAGAAGAUCGAUAAGAUGAUGUGUGAUAAUAAUAGCAGUUUCUACAAUAAUCAAAUGUUUCCAGAAGCAGAGAAAGCAUUGAGACUUGUGCACAUUAACAGAGAGAAAGAGGAGGAGGUCAGACGAGAGAUAGAGGCCCUUAAAGCCAAACAUGAGUCUGAAAUCAAACAAUACAAAGAGAAACUGGAGAUAGAAAAAGCAGAACUGAAGGUUAGAGAUCUUCUGGUCAUGGAGACUGAAAAUGUACUAAGAAAAUAUCAGAUGAGACAAAGAAAAGGCGGUGCAGCGACAACAGUCUUCGGACAGACACAAGAUCAAUGUGAACCCACAGCACGUGCUGAGAGAAAGAAUGAUGAUCAGAUUGAAAAGCAGGAAAAUCAGCUUUCAGCAACAACACAUCUGGAAAGAGAGAUGCCAGAACAUGGAAGGGAAUCUGACAAGGAGCACAAGAAACAAAAGAGAUGGAAGGGUUUUGAUUCAUUACACAAAGGUAAAAAGGAAAGGAUAAAGCUUGAAAAAAAGGUAGAAGAAUGCCAUAUAACAGAAAUGUCAAGUGGCAAAGUGAACGCAGAAAAGUUAAAACAGACAUUGACCAAUCAACAGAUGAUUUCAAAUGAAAAUGUAGCUAAAAAGUCAGACGGUGAGAAAGAUGCAGAGCAAGAACGUCUGCUUCAACAUUAUAAAGAGAUGGAAGAUUCCAGGCAGAAGAUGGAGGAGGCCAUGAGAAAGUACAAAGACACAGCUGAUAUGUAUGCUGCAGAACUUAAAAGGCUGGAAGCCAGAAAUGCAAUUAACAUCGACAACUGGGAGAAGAGCCAUGGGAAAUCCUGUGUGCUUCAAUAACAGAUAAGGGCCGAGUAGUUAAAUGAAUGUUUUGAUUCUUGAUAUUUAAAAAAA